AGCCCAGAGGAAAAGCUCAAAUGUGUGUAUUGGAGAAGCAGGGCCUGGAGCGAGGAUGGUUGCCAUGUCAGCGAGACCAACUCCACACACACCGUGUGCUCCUGUGAACACCUCUCCACCUUCGCCCUGAUCAUGACGGUCGAUCAAACCCUGGAGAGUAACAGUGUGAUGGACGUGCUGAACAUCAUCUUCAUGUUGAUCGGCCUGGUGUUCCUGACCCUGGCUGUGAUGACCUUUGCCCUCUGUCGACGGAACCCCAGGGUGUCCAACGUGGCUCGUCUCAACCUCUGCGUGUGUCUGCUGCUGGCUCAACCCCUCUUCCUGUUAACUCAGAGCUUCCUCCACCUCAUCAGGCCCCAUGAGGUGUUGUGUAAGGUGCUGGCAGGCAUCCUGCACUUCCUCUUCCUGUGUUGUUUCAUGUGGAUGUCCAUAGAGGCCGUGCUGCUCUUCCUGUCUGUACGGAAGCUCAAGCAGGUCAAACCUAAUGACCGGGCGGGGCUACAUUGGAAGCUCAGCCUCCUGAUUGGCUAUGGGAUCCCGCUGGUCAUAGUGGGCGUGUCUGCCUCAGUGAGGCCUGAUGGAUAUGGCAGUCCUAAGUGAGUAGAAUGAGGGCGGGGUUAAAACUG